AUGCUCCCCCGCAAACUUUCAAUCUUCAUCUCCUUCUUCCGCUUUGGGUUCGAUUUUCAACACUUUCUGAUUCUCCUCACAUGUAUCGGAAUCGCCUGUCUUGCUGCACCACCCGCUCCACCCACACCAUCUAUCUCCUCUCUCUCUCCUCCGCCUCCUCCCUCCCCUCUGACCCAAACCCUCCACCGCAACCUCACCUCUCUCCUUCCCCCAAAUACUCAAGACAGCUCUCUCAUCAUCCGCACCGGCUUUCGAGGAAUAUGUAUGACUUCUCAACUCGCAAGUUCGAGAUGGGAAUGUGCCCAACAUGUCACGACAUUAACGAAUAUAAUCAGGAGCACGACCACAGAUAUCAAUAUUGAUAUCGAUCCCCUAAACCUCCUCAAGCUAGCCGAGUCAGUGCGGAAAAGAAUUGUAUUCGAUGGAUUGCUCUACAUUUCCCUCCCCCUCGCCCUCCUAACUCUCCUCCUUCUCACCCUCAUUCCCCGUUGGAAAACCGAUCGCAACCCCGACACCAACUCCGAACGCCAAGUAAAAUCCUUUCCCUCUCAGGCCCUCAGCAUGAUACUCUGCUUAAUCAGCGGUAGCGCCUUCCUCUUCGCAUUUACAUCUAUUCUCUGGCAGCAUUUGGCCGCGGUGACUGCUUCGCGAUUUAUCGAGCGGAUGAGUUAUGGAAGUGCGGUGGCGAGAGUGGGGAGUAACGCUAUGGUAAUAGGAUGGCUGGGGGUGUUGAUGUUAUGGUUUGCGUUUAUGGGGUGUUUACUGAUGGUGUUGAGUUUGAGGAAAGUGAGGAGGACUUUUGGGUAA